AUGACAACGGACAAGUCAUCCAGCCACGACUACGCUGACGAGAAGGGCGUGCCCUCCGAGGUCGACGUCGCCUCUGUCGGGGACGAGUACAGCGAGUACUUGGACCUCGAGGCCAAGUUCGAGGCUGACCCUGCGGCCCGGAAGCGUCUUCUCUGGAAGAUGGACUGGGCCAUCUUACCCUUCCUUUCCCUGUUGUACCUCCUGUGCUCGCUCGACAAGGCUAACGCUGGCAAUGCCAAGCUCUUCGGUCUUCUCGAGGGCAUUGGCAUGGACAAUACUCAGUACAAUCUUGCCUUGACGUAUUUCUUCUUCACGUACGGUCUGUCUGAACUACCUGCCAACAUCUUGCUUCGUCGUCUCGGUCCUCGUAUCUGGUUUCCCAUCAUCAUCAUCACCUGGGGUACUAUUACGACUCUGACUUGCGUCGUGCACAACUAUGCUGGUUAUGUCUGCAUUCGCCUGGCCCUCGGUAUAGCUGAGGCCGGCAUGUACCCCGGCGCGUACUUUCUACUCUCGACUUGGUAUACCAAGAGGGAGCUCCAGACGCGUAUGGCCAUCUUCUACUCCUGCAAUACCCUUGCGGGUGCCUUCGGUGGUAUGAUCGCAUAUGGCGUCGGCAAUCUCGACUACCACAGCGGCUGGCGGGCUUGGAAGUGGCUUUUCCUCAUUGAGGGCGUGAUCACCGUCUUCGUCGGACUCUGCGCCUUCUUUGCGCUUCCUGACUUCCCUGAGGACUUCAAGGGCAAGUGGCUCGAUGGCGUAGAGAAGCGCUAUGUCUACCUUCGCUCGCGCUACCAAUAUGGACCUAACCCUCCCGCGCUUCAUUUCGCUUGGAGUGAUGUCAAGGCCGCUCUCAAGGAUUGGAAGACAUAUACUAUCAUGAUGAUGUUCUGGUGGGGCGGCUCGGUCCCAACUUACGCCCUCUCGUACACGCUUCCGACGCUUGUCAAGAACCUUGGCUAUACCGCUGUCAAGGCCCAAGCUCUCACGACACCGCCAUACAUCUUCGCCAGUAUCCUCUGCGUCGCCGUCGCCAUCUUCUCUGACCGCUACCAAACACGCAUGAAGGCGCUCAUGUUCUCCUACACCGUCGGGCUCAUCGGCAUUAUCAUUCUUUGGAUCACCGUGCACUACACACAUCUCACCGGCGUCUCCUACUUCGCCAUCUUUCUCGCGACUGCCGGCUACGCCGCACAGGCGCCGUGUGUGGGUACUUGGUACUCCGCGAACGUAGCAAACCCGACAAAGCGCGCAGCCGGCAUCGGCGCAUUCAUGCUCUGGGGAUCUAUUGGUGGCGGCUCCAUCGGCUCCAACAUCUUCAUCGCCAGCGAGGCGCCGACGUACCCGCUCGGCUUCGGCUUUGCCGUGGGCGCGACGGUGUUAGGCGCUAUGACUCCCUGCAUGCUCAACUGGUAUCUCUUGCGACGCGAGAACAUGCGGCGCGCAGGUAUCAGCGAGGCGGAGGUCCGCGCGAAGUACACGGAUGAGCAGCUCGCUGCUAUGGGUGAGGACUCGCCUCUCUUCCGCUUCACGACUUAG